GGUGUCGUCAUCAGUCGGCGCGCGUUUGUGGUCCCUAAGAACCCGCGGGAAAGGAAGAAAAAAGGCGAGAGCAAAACAAUUCAAGAUUGAUAGUGAAUUCUGUUGAAAAGAUACUGUGCAAUGAGCUCGUUUAACCUUGAACGCUUUCGAUAUGACAAGAAGAACAUGAAGGGAAGCCCCUCCUCAUCCUCUUGUGGGUCAAGUCGACCUAGUACUCCACUGGGGGAGGACAAAACAGUUACAAGCAUCCCAGAAACACCGGAAGCCAAGAGGUUAAACAUGUCCUUCUUUACUAAGGAUAAGGGCUUCAGUUACCUGGAUUCAGAUUCUGACAGCGAGUCUCAAGAAAACAAACCUAGCUUCAGUUCCAAUCAAAGAAAAUCUGAACAUAAACAGUUAAAUGGGAUGUCCGAUUCUGAUGAUGAACCCGCCUCAAAGCCUAUUUGUAAAGAGAGAGAUGGAACCAAAGAAGAGAAACUGCGGAAACUAUCAGAAAUUUUUCCUCAAAGGACCAAAGUAGAGCUAUUACAAUUGAUAGAGUCAACAAGCACUCUGGAUGGAGCAGUGGCCGCGGGUGUAACUCUUUAUGAUGACAAAGCUUCAGCUCGCAAGAGGAAAUUGGAUGAUUCUCCUAAAAGCUGCUUUGAACAAAGUGCCAAGAAAACAAAAUCUGACAAAGUAUGUAUUAGUUAUUUCAAGAAGGAGAUUGAUGCAUUGUUGGAUAGAGCACACGAAGCAGACUGGAUUGAUAAACAGACCUUGGAGUGCAAGAAAGUGAAAUACCCAAAGGUACCGGUAUUUUACACAUUGCCAAAGGUGCAUAAGAACUAUAAAGAACCCCCUGGCUGUCCAAUAGUGGCAGCAACAGAUUCCCUCCUACAACCACUGGCGGUAUACAUUGACAAUAUAUUAAAACCUCUUGUGCAAUGGAUGGAUAGCUACCUGAGAGAUGCAGAGGAUGUAAUACAACAACUAAAAGCUAUUGGGCCUAUGAAUGAAGAAGACCUGCUUGUAACCCUUGAUGUUACAAGCCUGUAUACGGUCAUACCGCACAAUGAAGGACUUGAGUCUAGCAAGAGACGACUACAAAGGUAUCCAAACUUUGGACCACCUGAAGAAUUCAUAUUGUUACUCAUUGACAACUGCUUAAGGAAGAACUUCUUCAUAUUUGAGAGCAAAUAUUACCUGCAAUUAACUGGUGCAGCAAUGGGAUCAAAUAUGGCCCCAUCCUACCCCACAGAUAGAAAUUCACUGCUGGAAGCUUCAAGCUGCCACCCUCCAGCUUUAAAGAAAGCACUCCCGAAGUCACAGUUGAUGAGAGUGACAAGAAAUAACACCAAAAAAGACACUGCACAGAUCCAGCAAGAAGAGAUGAAACAGAACUUUAAAGAAAGAGGAUAUAAGAGCAAGGUCCUGAGAGAACAAAGGAUUCAGGCAUGCAUGGCAAAACAAAAGAAAAAGGAGAUAACAGAACCAAACAAAAAGAGGCUGACGUUCACCACAACAUAUACAGCAGACAAGAAUGAGUUUAACCGCAUCUUGAAGCGCAAUUGGGAAAUACUACAAAGCGAUGACAUGUUACCCUUCAAAAAUAUGGAGGUACCACGGACUGGAUACAGAAAAGGGAAAUCACUCAAAGAUAGCCUUCAGAUGACAGACCCAGUGCACUGCUACUCAAAAAACUGGUUGAAUAAGCAAACGACUAAACCAGGCUGCUACAGAUGUAGCGGCUGUACAACAUGUAAUGGAUUACAAGAGCUUAGAGAAGUACUUCAGGAGCAUGACUGGUCUUUUAAUGAAGCACUUGAGGCAUUGAAAUUGUUUGCAGAAGAUGAAAAAGACGAUUUGCAAAAUGCUUCAAAAAAUGUGUCCAACGGGAAAGAAGGCUCCACAAGUCACAAACAUCACAAUAAAAACACCAAAAUGAAGUCACAUCAGAAAACAAAAUCGCAGAAUGGUGUAAAGAAAAAAUCAAAAGGCAAAAAAACUGCUUCAAACUUUAAGAAAGAUACAAGGUACCAAGAGAGUGAGGAAUCUGCUUCGGAUGCAGGUAGCUGCCUGGAUGAGGACUACAGCAGUGGAGAGGAGACAAUGGAGGAGGAAUACAAAGCUAAAAUACUUAGCUAUCUGCAAGAUGCUUCUCUGGAUGAACUGUCUUUGAUACAUCAGUGUUCUCUUAAGAAAGCUCAGAAGAUAACUGAGCUCCGGCCCUUUAAUUCUUGGGAAUCUCUGUUUAAUAAAAUAAGCAGAGCCAAUGGUCUUUCCGAAGACCUCCUUUGGGACUGUAAAACACUGAUCAAAGAAAGAGAAGUUGUUUUGAAGCUAAUGAACAAAUGUGAAGAUAUAUCACGUAAUCUGACAAAACAGGUCACUCACCUUAAGGAAGAUGGAGAAAGUGGAUGGAAUGUCAAAUGUCCUUCUAUUCUUUCCAAAAGUCUGGUGCUUAAGCCUUACCAAAUGAUUGGAUUAAAUUGGUUAGCACUUCUACACAAACAUAACGUAAAUGGGAUUUUAGCAGAUGAAAUGGGUUUGGGUAAAACCGUUCAAGCCAUAGCUUUCCUUGCCCAUCUUUACAUGACUGGUGACAGAGGUCCACAUCUUGUGGUUGUACCGGCAUCAACUCUAGAUAACUGGGUUAGAGAAUUCAACCAGUGGUGUCCAGAUAUGAAUAUCUUACUCUAUUAUGGUUCUCAGGAUGAACGAAGACAUUUACGCUAUGACAUACUUAAUAAGGUUGCAGAUUUUAAUGUGAUAGUUACAACAUACAACUGUGCUAUCAGCAGUGCUGAGGAUCGUAGUUUGUUCAGACGCAUGAAGCUUAAUUUUGCUGUAUUCGAUGAAGGGCACAUGUUAAAGAAUAUGAGUGCCAUACGCUAUCAGCACCUUAUGACUUUAAAUGCUAAGAAUCGGUUACUACUGACGGGUACUCCAGUACAGAAUAACCUCCUGGAAUUAAUGUCUCUCUUAAAUUUCGUAAUGCCGCACAUGUUUAGCAGCAGCACCAGUGAGCUAAAGAGAUUGUUUAAUUCAAAAGCAGUAAGUGCUAUACAUCCUUACUUUAAGCAGUAUAUCACGGAAAUCUGUAAAAAAAUAAAUAUCUAAAUAUGUUCAAAAUCACGCUUUUUUAAGGUUGAAGGGUUAAAGCGGGUAUGUUUUUUGUCUUUAUCUAGGUUGAAUUAUUGGGUUAAUAGUUUAAAAUUUGUAGAACGUUUCCAAGCAGCUUUGCACCCUCUUCAGGCAUGAUUAAAGGGACAUGAAACCCAAAAUGUUUUUCAUGAUUCAGGUAGAUCAUAUAAUUUUAAACAACUUUCUAAUUUACUUCUUAUUUCAUUUGCUUCAUUCUCCUUUGUUGAAGAAGCAGUA